AUGUCAUCAAAGGUAUUGCUUACUCGAACAAUACCAUCAGAACCUCAAAAGUUUCUAGAAAGUGCCAAGGAUAUUGAACUUAUCCAAUGGAAGGAGAAAAGUGUAAUUCCACGCGAGAAAUUAUUGGAAAUGGUGAAAGGUGUUGAUGGAAUUUUAUGUAUGUUGACCGAUAAAAUUGACUCUGAAUUGCUCGACGCAGCUGGGCCGAACUUAAAAGUAGUUUCCACACUUUCAGUUGGAUAUGAUCAUGUCGAUUUGAAUGAACUCCGUAAACGUUCGAUUCCAUUAGGAUAUACGCCAGGCGUAUUGACAGACGCCACAGCGGAAAUCACGGUGAUGUUGGUGUUAGCUGCCGCGCGAAGGAUGCGUGAGGGAAUUCGAGCAGUUGAGAAUGGUGAAUGGUGGACACAAUUAACGAAUAAAACGGUUGGAAUUUUUGGGCUGGGCCGUAUAGGCUCUGCCACUGCCUUACGGCUUAAACCAUUUAUUGGAAAUGAAGGCAAGAUAAUUUACUGUAGUCGAACCGAAAAACCUGAAGCGGCUUCCAUAGGAGCGGUAAAAGUCGAUUUUGACGUUCUUUUGCGUGAUUCUGACGUGAUCUGUAUUUGUUCUGCCAUGAACGAGGAGACGAAUGAAAUGUUUAAUUACGAAGUUUUCAAAAAAAUGAAGAAAAAUGUGAUUCUUGUAAACACAGCUCGGGGGAAUAUCAUUCGUCAAAAGGAUCUUUGUCGAGCUUUGUCAGAAGGGAUGUUUGGUUCGGUUGGAUUAGAUGUGUGUACUCCAGAACCGUUGGACCCAAAUGAUCCACUUUUGAAAUUCAAUAAAGUGACAGUUAUCCCACAUCUUGGUAGCGCAACUUUAGAAACGCGUACGUUGAUGGGAAACAUUGCCGUCAAGAAUGUUUUGACCGGAGUUAGGGGAGAACCUUUACCUCAUAGUGUAAAGUAA